UAUAAUUUUUUUGACAAAUUUCUGACAAAAAGAUUUAUUUGACUUACUAUAGCUUUAAAUAAUAAAGAUUAUACAAAAUCUUCUUGACUAUUAAUGAAUCAUUACGUUUUUUUUAUCAAAAGACGAAAAUAAUAAUCGAUUAAAUCAUUCCCCAUCAUGGAUUAUGAAGCUAUGUCAUAUGAAAUUAUGCCCGAACUAGGUUAUGAAAUCGAAGAAUUUAAUUAUAACACAUGGCAUAUUAAAAAUUGGCAGCAUUUGGAUAAGAGUAUAACAGGGCCAGAAUUCGAAGUUGGAGGUUGGAAAUGGCGAAUUUUAUUAUUCCCAUUUGGUAAUAAUAAUCAAGAUACCGUUUCUAUUUAUCUUGAUUUUGUUGAUCCCAAGGGUGCUCCAGCGGGCUGGCAUUCAUGUGUACAAUUCGCUUUAGUCUUGUGUAAUGCUGAAGAUCCGACACAAUUUAUUUGGCAUCAAACUCAUCAUCGAUUCACUGCUGAAGAAUCAGACUGGGGCUUUACACGAUUUUAUGAAUUAAAUAAAUUAUUUGUUCCUUGUGAAAACCGAACACGUGCGAUAAUUGAAAAUUAUUCUGCUAAUAUCACGGCAAUUGUACGAGUAUUUAAAGAUCCUACAGGCGUCUUAUGGCAUAAUUUCAUAAAUUAUGAUUCAAAAAAGGUGACAGGAUAUGUGGGAUUGAAGAAUCAAGGCGCUACAGGUUAUUUAAAUUCAUUACUGCAGUCUCUUUAUUGUAUAACUUCUUUCCGUAAGGCGGUCUACCAAAUUCCCACAGAAGAUGAUGAACUAAUAGAAAGUGUUCCUCUGGCGUUGCAACGAGUUUUUCACAAUUUACAGACAUCGAAUAUUACGGUUUGUACGACAGAAUUGACAAAAUCUUUUGGAUGGAAUUCAUUUGACACUUUAAUAUAUCGAGAUGUGCAAGAAUUUAAUAGGGUGUUGCAAGAUAAUCUUGAAACAAAGAUGAAGGGUACAAAGGCUGAUGGUGCACUUACUAAACUUUUUGUCGGUAAAAUGAAGAGUUACAUCAAAUGUAUUAAUGUGGGUUAUGAAUCUUCUCGUGUUGAAAAUUAUUAUGAUAUUCAACUAAAUGUGAAAGGUUGUAAGACUUUAAGAGAUUCUUUUAAGAAUUAUAUUCAAGAGGAGAUAUUGGAAGGCGAUAAUAAGUAUCAAACAGUAGGUUACGGGUUGCAAGUUGCUAAAAAACGUGUUGUAUUUGAAAGUUUUCCUCCAGUUUUACAUUUACAACUUAAGAGAUUCAAAUAUGACAUACAAAAGGGUGCGAUUGUUAAGAUUAAUGAUCGUUUUGAAUAUCCAAUGGAAAUUGAUUUAGAAGAAUUUCUAUCAAAGGAUGCAGAUAAAUCAAACUCCCAUAAAUAUUUAUUGCACGGAGUACUCGUUCAUAGUGGUGAUUUACAUAAAGGUCAUUAUUUUGCUUUACUAAAACCUGAAAAAGACGGCAAAUGGUUUAAAUUUGAUGAUGACCGUGUUAUACCAGUUACAGAGAAUGAAGUACUAGAGUAUAAUUAUGGUGGUAAAAAUCCAAAUAAUAAUCCAAAUAAAAUUGGCCAUACUCUGAUAAAGCAUACCAAUGCUUAUGUAUUAAUAUAUAUUCGUAAAUCAAAUAUUAACGAGGUGUUAUCUCCUUUGGUCUCUGAGGAUGUACCUAGUCAUUUAUGUAAAAGACGUUUGAAGGAAUUAAUAUCCUUAUUAGAAAUCAAAAAAAAUCUUACCGUUAAGGUUGUGACCACUGAAAAAUUCAGGAAUCAUCAAGGAUUUGAUCUUGCUAAUUUUGAUGAUCGUCAAUAUCCACUUUCUGAUGUACAAACGUAUAGUAUUCUAAAAAGUGAAACAUAUGGCGAUUUUAAAGAAAACAUCUCUCUGGAUUUCAAUAUUCCUUCUGAACAAAUACGAUUAUGGAUUCUUGUGAAUCGUCAAAAUAAAACGAUUCGACCUGAUUCUCCAAUACCAGAAUCUUGUUUUGAUAUUGGUAUGGAAGUUAUUCAUAAAAAAUUCACUUCUCGUCAGAAUGAAAUGAUGUUAUAUAUGGAAGUAGCGGAAAAACCAAUUGAUGACAAGACAUGGUUCCCAGAAGAAAAUGAUCACAAAAUGAUUUUUCUUAAAUAUUUUGAUCCUAACAAACAAGCUUUUGCGGGUUUAGGUCACUUAUAUGUACAUGACUCAGAGAAAGUGAGUGAUUAUACUCAUGUGUUUUGCGAAAAGAUGGGAUUACCACACGAUACUCCUUUGAAAAUAUAUGAGGAAAUUAAAUCAACUAUGAUUGAAAAGAUGAAUCUUGAAUCCACUUUCCAACAAUUAGAAAUACAAAAUGGCGAUAUUAUUUGUUUACAAAAGGAUUUAUCGGAAGAGGAAAUCCGAGAAUAUAUAUCAUCUGGCUGUUGUUAUGAUAUUCCUCAAUUUUAUAAGUCAUUGACUUUGCGUAUCCUUGUCUCAUUUAAGCCAAAAUUUAAAGAUCGAGAACCAAAAUCUGAAUUUGAUUUAAUUUUAGGGAAAAAAUGGACGUAUGAUAUGGUGGCUAAAACAGUUGCCACUCACUUGUGUACGGAUCCUCUCAGGUUAAGAUUUACCUCAGCAUUUUCAACGUCUGAUACACCAAAGAGUAUCAUUAAACGAACCACUGCUCUGAUCCUUUCAGAGAUGCUUCAAACUGCAAAUUUGAGACCGUCAACUCAUAUUUUGUUUUAUGAGGUUUUGGACGUAGAACUAGAAACAAAAAAAUUCUUUAAGGUCGCCUGGCUUGGAAGCACAAUUAGAGAAGAGGAAAUUAUUGAUAUUUAUCUUCAAAAGAAUGCCAUUAUUAGCGAUCUCAAAGAAGAAAUUCUAAAAAAGGUGUCACUAUCAUCACCAAAUUCUAGAAUCAGAUUGUUUGAAGUUCAUCACAAUAAGAUUAAUAAGGAUUAUUCAGGAACUGAACCGAUAGAAAGUAUACAAGAAUUUGCGACAUUAUAUGCAGAGGAAGUACCUAUGGAUGAAAUUGUAGCAAAUCAAUAUGAUCGAAUUAUCCAAAUAUGUCAUUUUAAAGAGGAUCCAAUAAGCCUACAUGGAAUUCCAUUUAAAUUUAUUAUUAAAAAUGGUGAGAAACUUAUUGAUACUAGGGUACGUCUUCGGCAACGGCUUGGUAUGAGCGAAAAUGAUUUUUCAAAAGUUAAAAUUUCAAUUAUGCCUGGAACCUUAUAUGCAAGACCAGAGUAUUUAUUUGAUGAAAAUAUAAUUAUAUCGGAAAUUAAAUUAUCAAGUAAAGAUUAUUUGGGUCUUGAUUAUGUAGAUAGUAUAGGUCAAGUGGAGAGGAUCAGAGGCUCAGAAGCCAUUUAUAUUCGAAAUUAAUAUACUAUUAAAUUAACUGUAUCGAGAACAUAUUUUAUAGUCAUUUUAUUUUAAUUUAAAUGUAAGACGAAUGAUAUUUAUAUUAUUACAAGAAGGAUAGGACUAAUAAUAAUGAUAAUAAUAACUAGCAUUUAAUAUAUUUAUUUAGUUUAUUAUCUGAAAUCAUUAUUGAAAUUUUUUUUUGCAAUUAAGAAAUUAAAAAUUGAAUAUAUAAAGUAUCGUAUUAUUAUUAAUAUACUUUAUAAAGUCAAACUAUAUUAAUACAUUAUAUAUAGUAGUAAAAAUUAUAAUAAAUUUUCUUAUAGAAUUCUA